GAUACACGAAGAUCUUCUGGUAGAGGAUGUGGUUUAGGUACGAGGCCAAGAGGAAGAGAGAGAGCGGGGGCAGGGAGGGUUUUGCUGUCUCUGUCUUUGCCACUGAGAAGAGCGACAGGUGCCGGGGCUUAAUGGAGGAGAGAAUCAAAGCUACGGUUUGUUAAUAAAACUUGUUUUUGAGAGUGUACUGGACGACGUUCAUAGUGUCUGAGAUGAUGCUUUUAUGAGAGAAAACCAGGGAGGAUGGAGAGAGAUGAAGGAUAUGCAUGGACUUCCUGGUCUGAUGUUCAGAGGGAUGCCCUCUCCACCAGUCCCUCAGACCAUACAGGGAAGAAGAGAAAGCAGGACCCUGAAUCUAAGGUAGUGGUCAGGAUCCUUGAGGACCAGAAUGAGGAUGAAGAUGAGGAUGACGAUAUCACGUCCGACCUGAUGAAGGACUCUGAGGAGCCCAGCACUAAAAGGGUUAAGCCAGUCGUAAAGGGUGGAGGAGGUACAGGCAUGAUGCAUCCAAUCAAAACGCCUGCUCUGAAACGCCUGGGACAGAGCAUCACGCGUUCCAUUAGUUUCCGGACAGAGGCACGACCUUUACCCCCAGCUCCUAUUCGCUCACGGCAGAAAGCUUCGUCAUUCCCACGGCGACGGAGCAGCCAAUGCUGGAGCGACACGGUGGAGAGCCAUGACCUUACAGCCAAGGAGAUCAAACGACAAGAGGUCAUCUAUGAGUUGACCCAGGGAGAGUCACAGCUGAUUGAAGACCUCAGCCUAGUUAAGAAGGUGUACUAUGAGCCGAUGUUAAAGCUGGAUAUCAUGACAGAGAGUGAACUUGGUCAUAUUUUUGGUACUCUGGACUCUCUCAUACCCCUCCACCAAGACCUGUUGUCUCGGCUGGAACGUCUGAGGGGAUCGGAGAAGACAGUCGGGGCUGUGGGUCAGACACUGUUGAACUGGUUCCCUUCUUUGGAGCCGUAUGUGCAGUACUGCUGUAACCAGGUGGAGGCUAAGGCACUUUUGGACCAGAAGAAGCAGCAGAAGCGAGUGGAACACUUCCUGCGUCUUUGUCAGGAGUCGUCUUUCAGCAGGAAGUUGGACCUCUGGAACUUUCUUGACCUCCCUCGCAGCCGAUUGGUCAAAUACCCACUGUUGGUUCGGGAGAUACUAAAGAGCACCCCUCCGGAACACCCCGACGAAGACACACUGCCUGACGCCCUGGACUUGAUCCAGUCCGUUGUGUCCGAGGUGGACAGGAAGACCGGGGAGGCGGAGUGUGAGUUCUAUAAGCGGGGUUUAACCUACCUGGAGGAUGGACAACGCCUCCCUGAGAUCAAGCAUUCUCGAUUCCUCUACAUCCAUGGGGAGCUGAAGAACAAUAAGGGCCAGAAGCUCCAUGUGUUCCUGUUUGAGUUAUGUCUGGUUCUGACCCGGUCGCUGGAGGACAGAGAAGGGGGAGUGGCCUUCCAGGUGUAUCGCCAGCCCCUCCCCACAGCCACCCUCUACUUGGAGGAGCUGCCCGACGGGGAGGGCGGAGGGGGCGGGGCCUUCAGGGGGGCCUUCACCAGUGGGAACGAUAAAGUGCGGAACUGUUUCAGAGUGAGCAGUAGGGGGCGCACUAAGGCCCAGUCCCACAGUCUCCAGGCUAACGACUCCUUCAACAAGCAGCAGUGGAUCACAUCGCUGCGACAGGCCAUGGUCCAGUCACGAGACCGGGGGACCCAGGCUGGCCAGUCCACCCCAGAUCCCGCCCUCUACCACAUUGCGGAGCUCAGCCUCAGCUCCGACACAGAGAUGGCAGACCAGAGCAGCCAAUGACAGAGCAGACUAGAGCAGACUAUCAGAGACUGAUCAACACAUUCAUUAUCAAUGCACAAUGUUCCCAUUAAGGUACAGUGGCCCUAAAAUAAUGUGACCCCCUUGAACCUUUCCACAUGGUAUUAUGUGUUGCGAGUAAAAAUCUAAAUAGAUUGAAUAAGGUGUUUUCUGCCAUUAAUCAACACAAAAUAAGUGGAUGAUGUUAAAGUGAAAAGAUUUAAUCUGCUUACUGUUUUCAAUUUAUUACAAAAAUGUAAAAUAAAAUAAUAGAUGGCAUAAGUAUUCACCCCCGCUGUUAUAACACACUUGAAUAAGCUGUGGGGGGCCCAUCUGUCUUUAGAGGUCACGUGAUUCGUUGAAUGGACUCCACCUUUGUAUAAUGAAUGUGUUUAACAGGUUUCAGGUUAAAUACUCCUGACUCAGGGAGGUCCCACAGUUGAUUAGUACAACUCAUAACAAAAACUAAAGCAUGAAGGCAAAGAAAAGCAUGAAAAUGAAAGGAAAUUUGGAAUAGGUUUCUUCAAAAGCAACAAUCCAGUGGUUGGAUUGUAAGACCUUUUCCAAGGCAUUGAAUAUCCCCCAGAGAGAGUGAAUGGAGAGAAUAUGGCACAACUGUCUACAGCAAGCCAUCCCAAAAAGUAUCCGACAAGAGGGUACUAAUCAAGGAGCACACCAAAAGGCCGGUGGCAACUCUUAACGAUUUUCUGGUGGCUGGGGGUCACUGUGCAUACAGCAGCAACAGCUGGGUUGCUUCACAAAAGUGACAUUUUGGACAAGUGGCAAAAAUGUAACAAAUCCCAUCAAAUCUCAGCUAAGGUUUUCCAGGAGAGACCAAAUGGAAGAAAAUUCUACGGUCUGAUAGAGCUUUUUGGCCUCCACACUAAGCGUUGUGUUUGGCACAAACCUAACAUAUCACAUCAUCUUGAGAACACCAACCCUACCAUGAAGUAUGGUGGUGGCACCAUCAUUCUAUGGGGUUGCUUCUCUGCAGCAGGGCCUGGAAAGCUUGUGAAUAUAGAGGGACACAAUGGAUGCAGCAAAGCACCAGAAAACCUUGUGAAGUCUGCAAGAGACCUAGGAUUUGGUAGAAGAUUCAUCCUCUAGAAGGACAGUGACUCCAAACAUAUAGUAAAAGUCAUACUGGUGUGGCUUAAAAAAAAAAAGGAAAUAUCCUAGAGUGGCCCAGUCACAACCUGGACCUUAGUCCAAUGGAGAAUAUGUAGCAUGAGUUGACAUUUGCUGUUCACCAAAGGUCCCCAUCCAAUUUAACGGAGCUUGAGAAAUUUAGCAAAGAAGAAUGGGCCAAAAAUGCUGUGUUCAGAUUUCCAAACUGGUAAAGAUUUUUCCAAAUAUUUACUAAAGGGGGUGAACACUUAUGCAACACUUUCUGUUUUGUUUUCAUAAUACAUUUAGAUUUUUUUUUCACUCUGAUAUUAUGGACUUUUUUCUAUUGACAUGUAUACCAAUACAAGGUAUAUUGACAUGACAGGAUUUAUUCAACCAGAAGUUUAUUAAACAGGAAGUAUUUACAGGUGGAAUUAUUAAACAGGAACUAUUUAGAGGUGAGUUUAUUAAACAGGAAAGCGAGGUUUAUUAAUUAGUAUAUUAAGUUAGCCACCUGCUUCUAUAGCCCCAAACUCAUAAACCCUUUUAAUUCUAAAAUCUGGACCACACUAUUAACAUCUGGCCUAAGCCUAAUCUAAAC